AUGAGAGUUGUGCUAGCCGUUUUAUUGGCUGUGUCGCCCGCGUUGGCAUGCAUCGGAGGUGCCGGAAGUGCCGGCGGAUGUUGCCCACCAUCGCAACCAUCGUGCGCACCAGCUACCCCACCAUGCUCUAGCUCCAGUUACGCAAGCGGAGGCGGAGCCUACGCUGCCGCACCAGCCGCCCUUCCACCUCCACCACCACCACCACCAUCCGCCGGAUACGCUGGAGCUGCCGGACCAAUCGCCGGUGGAGCUUACAGCCAAGGACCACAAGGAGGAUUCGGUGGAGCCCCACAAGGAGGUUACCAAUCUGGACCAAUCGGAGGAGGACAGCAAGGAUAUGCUGGACCAGGACCAAUCGGAGGAGGAGCUCCACAAGGACCAAGCUACGCCGCUGGACCAGCUCAAGGACCAAUCGGAGGAGGCCAACAACAAGGACCAUCCUACGCCGCCGGACCAGCUCAAGGUAUCCAGGGAGGAGGACAAGAAGGAUAUGCUGGACAAGGAGCUGCUCAAGGAGGACAAGGUUACCAAGCUGGACCAGCUCAAGUUGCUCCAGUUGAGCAGCCAGCUCCACAACAAGGAGGAUACCAAUCCGGACCAGUCAACUCCAUUCAGGUGACCCAGGUGUCUCACGGAGGACUCUACCAAGCUCCACCAGAGCAGCCAGCUGCUCCACAGGUUGUCGAGCCAGUCGCACCAGUCGCCACCUACACCCAAGGACCAGUUCCAACUCCAGUCGAGGAGCAAACCGUCGAAGUCGCCCAAGCACCAGAACCCGCACCAGUUGAGCAGCCAGCACCAGAGCAACCAGCACCAGAGCCAGAAAUCAUUGAGACCCCAGUUGUCGAAGAGACUGUUGCAGAGACCGUCACCGAGGCCGCCACCGUUGUCGUUGAGGAGACUCAAGCUCCAAUCAUCGAGGAGACCCAAGCCCCAGUUGUCGAGGAGACUCAGGCACCAGUUGUUGAGGAGACCCCAGCGCCAGCUCCAGUUGAGCAAGCACCAGUUGCUGCUGCCAAGGAGGAGUCCACCUAUGAUGAUAUCGUUGAGGAGCAACCAGCCACCGCUACCGAGGCCGCCACUGAGCAAGUUGAUACUGUUGAGGAGACCAACGAAGCCGUCGAGUACGCCGAUGAGGAGGGAGACGAAGGAAACUGCGACGAUCCAGAGCUGCGCGCCAUCGUUGAGAACGCUUUGAAGAAUGAGAAGGACAACCUCGAGGCCGCCCGUAAGAUCGAAGGAGACGCUUCAGCCAAAUUCGGAGGACGCUUCAACGCCAUCGUCUCCGACGCCGAGUUCGCCUAUGUCAACUGGUACGGAAAGAGAAACUGCCAACUGAGAUACGAGAACCGUCACUCUUUGACCUGGGAGGAUUAA